GAUCCUAUGCAAUUCAGUUAAACCACAGGAGACAGCAACACAGAGAGGGAAGCGAGGCGCUCCUGUGAAGUACUACGGUGUUGCAGAUGGACCUGCAGACACUCCAAAGCGAUUGAAAGCACGGACGGAACAUAAGAACAGAGCCAACUGACUUUGUAGAGGCGCACUGCUGCAUUUGAGAUCAGUUGGGACAGGAUAAAUACAGUAAUCGUCGAGGAGGGCUGGAAGACACAAGUUCGACACGGGAGGUACCAGCCGAAAUGCAGCACUAUGGAGUUAAUGGGUAUUCUCUUCACGCGAUGAAUUCUCUGAGCGCCAUGUACAACCUUCACCAGCAGGCAGCGCAGCAAGCCCAGCAUGCGCCGGACUACCGUCCCUCUGUGCACGCCCUCACCCUUGCUGAGAGACUGGCUGACAUCAUCCUUGAAGCUCGCUAUGGCUCCCAGCAUCGCAAGCAGCGCCGCAGUCGCACGGCCUUCACCGCCCAGCAGCUGGAGGCCCUGGAAAAGACCUUCCAGAAGACCCACUACCCUGACGUGGUGAUGCGGGAGAGGCUGGCUAUGUGCACCAACCUCCCAGAAGCCCGUGUCCAGGUGUGGUUCAAGAACCGCCGUGCCAAGUUCCGCAAGAAGCAGCGCAGCCUGCAGAAGGAGCAGCUGCAGAAGCAGAAAGAGGUGGCGGAGGGGCCGCUGGAGGAGGGCAAGGGCGACCCACCCGCCACCAUUGUCUCAGAGGCCCACACCCCUCCCCCUUCCUCCUCUUCCUCUUCAGAAGCGGAGAGGCCCUCGCACCCCCUUUCAGCAGAGUUGAGCGUGGAGGUGAACGUCACCUCAGCUGAGCAGUCUGGCAGUGAGUCCGCUGCUGAAGACAAUGCUGACAAGGAGGAGGAGAUGAAGCAGCUUGGUGAGGGGCCUAAAAGUGAUGUUAGCCUGCUGCCUGGCAACAAGUCCCCACCCUGCAAACGACUCAGCCCCAAAUCAGGUUCUCCACUGAGCUCCUCAUCAGUCCCUUCCUCCAGUGGUGUCAGUAGUGGGAUUGCACAGAGCAAUUCAUACGCCUCCUCUCCGCUCAGCCUCUUCCGUCUGCAGGAGCAGUUCCGCCAGCACAUGGCUGCCACUAACAACUUAGUGCACUACUCCUCCUUUGACAUGAGCACACCCUCUUCCAUGCCUUACCUGGGCAUGAACGUCAACAUGGCAGCACCUCUAGGCUCCCUGCACUGUCAACCCUACUAUCAGUCACUGUCCCCAGCCCAGCAGGUCUGGAGCAGCCCCCUCUUGCAGGCCUCGGGUGGUCUCCCCAACCUCAACAGUAAGACCACAAGUAUUGAGAACCUGCGACUCCGAGCCAAGCAACACGCUGCAUCCCUGGGCUUGGACACUCUGCCCAACUGACGACAGGACUGCUGCCUAGCUGGGAACCAUCCUCCCCCUUAAAACUUCAUCCUUCUUCAACCCCAAACCAGCUACAGGAUCCAGGACUGGUUCCCAAGCCUCAAACCCCUACAAUUGCCGUCAUCUCACCCCAAUAGCAUUGGGACUAAGUACUUCACCAGCUUUGUCUGAUGUUAGCCUGGCUCUGUGCUUCAUCAGAGCAUACCACACAACCAAGAGAAGCAGUAUUAACCUUUUGUGGAAAAAAAUAAUAAUACAGUUCAUUUCAAAUGGGGAAUAAUCCAACCAAAACCAUCAUCAUCCACAUCAUCCAUUAUUAAACCUAAAUUUCUUCACGUCAGCUAAAUAAGAAGACUUACAGAAAGAAUGUUAUGGACUGCUAUAUUUCAGUAUUUCAAAGAGGAAAAGGACUUCCUUUCAAUUCUUCAAUGAACUCUUCAUUGGUCAUGAUCAGAAUGCACUGUUAGAUCAUGCUCUAAAUCAAGGAUCUAUUCAGCUUUGUAUAUAGCCUCCCACGUUGGUUAACAUCUCCCUGGUUUGUGUGUUUCACUCAGUGUCGCCUUCUGUGAAGAAGACUGUGAAGAAAAUAUUUAAACCUUUUUUAACUUCCCCGCUGUGGUGGUAAAUAAAGGAGACAAAAUGGAGUGGUGCUCG